UGUCUGCUGCAUUUGCAUGCAGACACAAUGAUAAGCUGUAAAACGCGCGACCAUUACUUCAUAUAAGAUAAAAUCGCGGAUUUUCUCAUGACGUUUCACCGUGGAUUCCAUUUCGUGACAUGUUACAUGAAUUAUUCUCAAAGUGUAAUACUUUCGGUAGCCUGUAAUACUUUCGGGUGUAAUACUUUCGGGUUAAAUUCGUUCCUCUGGGGAAUAUUGGAACCAAUCGGAUUUGAGAAAUGGACAACGCCAACAGCUCGUGGCACACAACUAAUUUCCGGAAAGACUCGGAAGCAAUCAAAUACGAGAAAAGGAAACGUCAACUUCGUCAACAACCAUGUGCUUCCGUUCAGCUUUCGAAGGAAGAGGUCCGCCAUCUUGUGGUAUAUUUCACGUGAGCUUAUUGCAGUGUUUGUUGCUUGCUAGACAAGCUGCUGUCCAAUACCUCAGGGAUAACCCUGAACGUUUCAUUGAAAGCAACACUCAGAACUCAUGGAAUGGUUACUUGACAAAUAUGUCAAUGCAAGGUACAUGGUGUGAUGCAUUAAUUGUACAAGCAGUUGCAGAAUCACUUAAUAUACAAAUUUAUAUUGUAGAAUCUCACAUAAAUUUUGGACAGGCAACUUUAAUAGAGCCACGCCAUUCAUCAUCACAGCAACCAAGAACAAUAUAUAUAGGUCAUGUAAACGAAGUGCAUUAUGUAUCAACAAUACCAAAUAGCUCUUACUCAGGAAAUGAGCACCCUUACAGAAGUCACAAUAGUGAUUUCAAUUUUACAGAACAAAAUGUUCUUCCUGAACAAGUACACAAUAGUACUGGAAAAAGAAAACACAAUAAUUAUUCCAAUCUGAAUGAUGUUAGAAUAACCACUAAGAGCAAUGAAAAAAAAAGCAAAUGGAAUUCUUACAUGAAUUAUUACAGAAAUAACAGAAGGGCUGGUAAAAAGAAUCAAAGCUGUGAACGUAACAGUGAUAAACAAAGUUCACCCACUAAAGAGAAUACAAAUGCUGUAUUUGUAAAUAAUGGUAGUCAAAAAAGAAAACACAAUUAUUCCCAUCUGAACGAUGUUAGGAUAAGUACUAAGAACAGUGAAAACCAUGAAUGCAGAUCCAAAACUCAUGAGCAAAAAAAUAAAUGGAAUUCUUACAUGAAUUAUUACAGAAAUAACAGAAGGGCUGGUAAAAAGAAUCAAAGCUGUGAACGUAACAGUGAUAAACAAAGUUCACCCACUAAAGAGAAUACAAAUGCUGUACUAGUAAAUAAUGGAAGUCGAAAAAGAAAACACAAUUCUGAUGUAAACAAUUUAAGAAUAAGCACUAACAGUAGUGGAAAUGAUAAAUGCAAAUCCAAGACACAGGAGCAGAAAAAAAACUGGACUUCUUACAUGAAACAUUACAGAAAUAACAAAAGGGCUACUAAAAUGAAUCAAAAGUAUAAGUGUAACAACAAGAAGCAAACCUCAACCACUAAAGAAAAUAAUAAUGCUGAAAGUCAAAAAGAAAAAAACGAAAAAAUACAAAACAUGGCUGCCUUAAUAAUGAGGUUUCAUGACAUUGUGUCACAGGGCCCCUUAUAUAUUUGUAGUUGUUGUGAUCAGCUGUGGUAUAAACACAGUGUUUACCCAGCUACUAAAAUAAGAAAAUCAAACCCUGCUGCUGAAAAAUAUCUUAUAAAAACAAAAAGUGUCAACAAUAAAGAGUGGCUAUGUAGAACUUGUCAUAAUUACUUAGCAAAGAAUAAAGUUCCACCCCUUGCCAUAUUGAAUGGAAUGAGUUUUCCAAUAAAACCUGAAUUUUUUGACCUCAAUGAACUGGAAUGUAGGCUUGUAGCUCCAAGACUUGCAUUUCAAAAAUUAAUGCAAGCUCCAAGAGGAAGGCAAUUCAAAAUACAUGGAAAUGUUGUAAAUGUCCCAGCAGAAGUAACUGAUACUGUCAAUAUCUUACCAAGGUUACCCAAUGAUGCUGGUACAAUUAAAGUCAAUUUAAAGAGAAAAUUGCAAUACAAAAGCUCAGCAUUGUCUCUCAAUAUAAGGCCACAUAAAGUUGUUCAAGCAGCCAAUUGGCUAGUUAAUAACAGCACUCUCUACAAACAGGAAGGAAUAACUGUAAAUCAAGACUGGGGAGUAAACAGUUUAUUAGGUGAAACUAAUCCUGAAAAUCAAAAUGAACAAUCAGAAGAAAUACAAAACACCAGUAGCUGCAAUAAGCAAAGUAAUAUUAGUGGAAGUGAUGUCACUGAUAGUGAUGAUCAGUGGACUGAAGAUGAGGCAGAAAUACCUGCUGGUGUUACUGACACCAUGUUGACGAACACAGAAUUUGUUGAAGACAGUGAGCCUCAACAUAUAUUAAAUGUUGCAGCAGCGUAUGCGCAAAAUGUAUGCGCAUGCGUAGAAUGA